AUGCCACGAAUACCCAGUAGAACAAUUUUGGAUGCACAUCGACAGGAUCAUCUUCUUCCAUUGCUUCUACAGGAAUGUCGCUCCCUUGAUCUGGCCAAAAGUGAAUUGGGCUGGAUGAGGAAUCGGGCUGUUUCUCAAGCCCAGUCAAACCCUUUAAGAAUUGAGACCACCAAACCCAAACUUCACCAGGGAUGGCGAAGUACUCUGAGAUCAAUGUGCCGGGCACGGUCUCGAGGCCAACCUCUCCAGUACAUACUUGGUGACCAGCCCUUUGGGGACUUGGACAUCCUGUGUAGGAAAGAAGUCCUGAUACCUAGGCCCGAAACUGAGACAUUCACCUUCCACGCUGCCAACCUGAUUUCGCGCAAUGUCGUCAAUGCCAGUCAAUCUCUGAUCAACCCUCAUGCUAUAUCUGUACGUGUGAUAGACCUUUGCACGGGAACAGGAUGCAUAUCCCUCCUUUUGCAUGCUCUUGUCGCGCCACAUGUACAGCACUUGUCCAUCGUCGGGAUCGAUAUUAGUACUACAGCAAUUAAACUGGCGAGAAGGAAUUUGAAAUAUAAUAUCCGACAAGGAAAAUUGUUGGAUCGAGCGAUGGCGGAUAUUACUUUCAGAAAAGGCAAUGUCCUCUGCGGUGUACCUGUUGAUGCAUCGAAUGAGGAGCAAGCUCUGGGCGAUACUCCCGAAUCAACGCUGCGUACAGCGUGCCAUCUCGAUGUGAUCAUAUCAAACCCACCGUAUAUAUCUGAGAAAUCAUAUGGAAAUGGGACCACUGCACGAAGUGUUCGGAUGUACGAGCCGAGGAUUGCAUUGGUCCCUCCAGUGCUCGGUGACGCUCUGAAAAUACCGCUGCACCGGCAGGAGGAUAUCUUUUACUAUCAUAUUUUGUCAUUUUCCUUCAAGAGGAAGGUAAGACUUGUAAUGCUCGAAUGUGGUGACCAUUCACAGGGCGAGCGUGUGGCAGCUUUGUGCCGUGCCUUGGCAGCACAAUAUCUACAAGUGGAUGAUUUGUGCAUCAGUAUUUGGCCAGCUAAUGAUGGGACUUUGAACAAGAGCGCUCACGACGUUUCUGAGCCAUGUAUGGUUAUAGUACAGAGACUUGGAUUGGGGAAUACUACGACCUGUGGUCAACCUACCUCUGAUUCGAAGUGA